AGCAAAAAGGACGAACCGGAGCAGGAAGUGACGUUUUUUCUCUUCAUGGCCGCAUCCGCAGUAGCCACGCUUAUCGACUAAAAAAUAAGUUUACGUGUAAUUGUUGUAAAACACAUCAUCUGUAACCAUGUCCGGGCGACAAAAUAACAAACUGCCAAACAAUUUACCACAACUUCAGAACCUGAUCAAGAGGGACCCGCAGUCUUACGUCGAUGAGUUUCUUCAGCAGUACCGACAUUUUCAGUCCAACUUGCAGAUUUUUAAGCUGCAGCCCGAUAAACCCAACAAGGAGCUGGCGGAGCUUGUCACGUUUCUGUCGCAGAUUGCUCACUGCUACAAACAGCAGCUUUCUACGUUUCCCAAGGAGCUGUCUGAGUUGUUGAUGAGUUAUCACACAGUCAUAGAGCCAGAUCUCAGAAUGAAUUUCUGCAAAGCGCUGAUCCUACUGAGAAAUAAAGAUUUGAUCGAUCCUACAAACCUCCUGGAGCUCUUCUUUGAGCUGCUGCGAUGCCACGACAAGCUUCUCAGAAAGACUCUGUACACACACAUUGUCUCAGACAUCAAGAACAUCAAUGCAAAGCACAAAAACAACAAAGUCAACACAGUGCUGCAGAACUUCAUGUACACCAUGCUGAGAGACAGUAACCCCAUAGCUGCAAAGAUCUCUUUAGAUGUUAUGGUGGAGCUUUACAAGAGGAACAUAUGGAACGAUGCCAAAACAGUUAAUGUCAUCACAACAGCAUGUUUCUCCAAGAUCACAAAGAUUCUUGUUGCGGGGCUUCAGUUUUUCCUGGGUAAAGAUGAAGAUGAAAAAAACGAGAGCGACUCUGAUUCUGAGAAUGAAGGUCCAUCUGCAAGAGACCUGAUGGUCAGAUACUCCACUGGCAAGAAGACCUCCAAAAAUAAGAAGAAGCUGGAAAAGGCCAUGAAAGUCCUAAAGAAACACAAGAAAAAGAAGAAAGCAGAAGUCUUUAAUUUCUCUGCCAUUCACCUAAUUCACGAUUCUCAAGAUUUCUCAGAGAAACUCUUGAAGCAGCUGGAGAGCUCGAAAGAGCGAUUUGAGGUGAAGAUCAUGAUGAUGGAGCUCAUAUCACGACUGGUCGGCAUUCAUGAGCUCUUUUUGUUCAAUUUCUACCCGUUUAUCCAGAGGUUUCUUCAGCCUCAUCAGCGAGAAGUGACCAAGAUCCUCCUUUGUGCUGCCCAGGCCUCCCACCAACUUGUUCCCCCAGAGAUCAUUGAACCUGUGAUCAUGACAAUCGCCAACAACUUUGUGACUGACAGGAACUCUGGUGAAGUCAUGACUGUCGGCAUCAAUGCCAUUAAGGAAGUGGUUGCACGUUGCCCGCUUGCGAUCACUGAGGACCUGCUGCAGGACCUGGCCCAGUACAAGACCCAUAAAGACAAGAAUGUGAUGAUGUCGGCCAGAAGUCUCAUCCAGCUGUUUAGGAACCUGAAUCCACAGAUGCUGCACAAAAAGGACAGAGGCAAACCCACAGAGGCCUCAACAGAUGCAAAAGUAAAAGAUUAUGGAGAGUUGGAAGCUAAAGACUACAUCCCUGGAGCUGAAGUCCUGGAGCUGGAGGAGGAGAAAAAAGAGGGAGAGGAGGAUGAAGACGGCUGGGAGAGUGCCAGUAUCAGUGAUGACGAUGAGGAUGGCGAGUGGGUGGAUGUUCACCACUCAUCUGAUGAAGAUACGGGAGAAGUGGCAGAGAAGCUUCAGAGUAUCCCAGCUGAAGAGAGAAAAGCCAAGGCAGCCGCGGUCAGCAGCAGCCGGCUCUUCACGCAAGACGACUUCAAGAAAAUCCGCCUGGUUCAAAUGGCCAAAGAGGUGAACGCUGCUCCAGGGAAGGGCCAGAAGAGGAAAGCAGUGGAGAGUGACGAGGAAGAGAAAGGGGAGCUGCUGACGCUCAGAAAUAUCGAGAAACUGCACAAGAAACCAAAAGCAGACAAAGAAACUCGACUGGCAACAGCAAUGGCGGGCAGAACAGACAGAAAAGAUUUCGUCAAGAAGCGGAGCCGGAUGAACCCUCACGCCAGCACCAGCAAUAAAGAGAAAAAGAAACACAAGAACUUCAUGAUGAUGAGACACAGCCAGAACGUCAGAACUAAAGGAAAACGCUCCUUCAGAGAGAAACAGAUUGCUUUACGGGAGGCCCUCCUGAAAAAGAGGAAGCAGUACAAGUAGCGGGCUGAUGAGCAUCACUAAUAUGAUGUGUUAAAUAUUACUGUACAUUCAUUCAAUAGCUUGUAGUAUGUGAAUGACUGCUAUCUGGAAAUAAAAUGCAUAAUCUUUCCAUUUUCAAAAAUAAAACUUUUUACUAAACAUGUAA